GUAGUGCGCUCAACAUUCGUUAUGAAAUGUACAAUCCUUAAGAGCGGAUCGUGGAGUGCGAAGGUAGUCGGUUGUCGCACAAGUGGCGGCGUGUUUGUCGAGCCAGGACAUUCGAUCAUUGAAGGUGAUACGAAGUAUGACUGUUUGGACAUGGGACAUGACCAUGUUGAGAUCAAAAGGACUUAUUACAAUAGCGGCAAGCAGGAGAGUUGCGAAGGACAUUACAAUUUCCGCAAGAUAUGCACCGAGAACGGUGCACGGAUCACUGAGUGUUUGACCGACGCAGGAUUCGCGGUACCACUCAAUCGCCACCUCGUUUUCUCAGGGAUCAUCUACAAGUUGGUGAGUUUAUUACGGAAGACAAAAGUGGAAAAGAUCAAAGCAGGUCUUAUCAGGUAG